CAGGGCGCCAGCGUUAGCAGCAGCGGUCAGAGCCGAACUGAACUGCGGGAAACCGUCGCUACGAGCGUCGCGACCGAAACUUCACUGCCAAGAUGUCGGACGAGGAGCAAGAGCAGACCAUAGCCGAGGAUCUGGUGGUCACCAAGUACAAGAUGGGUGGUGACAUCGCCAACCAGGCUCUUCGCCUGGUUGUGGAAACAGCCAAGCCCGGGGUGUCUGUGCUGAGCCUCUGUGAGAAGGGGGACGCCUACAUCAUGGCUGAGACUGGGAAGGUCUUUAAGAAGGAAAAGGAAAUGAAGAAAGGCAUUGCCUUUCCCACCAGCGUCUCAGUCAAUAACUGUGUUUGCCACUUCUCUCCCCUGAAGAGUGACCCCGACUACACACUUAAAGAUGGGGAUCUGGUCAAAAUCGAUCUAGGGGUCCAUGUUGACGGCUUCAUUGCCAAUGUUGCUCACAGCUUUGUGGUGGGAGCCAGUAAGGAGAACCCCAUCACAGGCCGGAAAGCUGAUGUAAUCAAAGCGGCUCAUUUGUGUGCAGAAGCAGCUCUUCGCCUUGUUAAACCUGGUAACCAGAACACUCAAGUGACAGAAGCCUGGAACAAGAUUGCUCAGUCAUUCAAGUGCUCACCAAUCGAGGGUAUGCUGUCUCAUCAGCUAAAGCAACAUGUCAUAGAUGGAGAGAAGACCAUCAUCCAGAACCCAACAGACCAGCAAAGGAAGGACCAUGAGAAGGCAGAGUUUGAGGUACAUGAAGUCUAUGCUGUGGACGUCUUGAUUAGCACCGGAGAAGGGAAGGCCAGAGAUGGUGGUCUAAGGACCACCAUUUACAAGAGGGACCCCAGUAAGCAGUAUGGCUUGAAGAUGAAAACAUCCCGUACGUUCUUCAGUGAAGUGGAGCGACGCUUUGAUGCCAUGCCUUUUACUCUUAGGGCCUUUGAGGAUGAGGCCAAAGCCCGUCUGGGCGUGGUGGAGUGUGCCAAACAUGAACUGCUGCAGCCCUUCAGUGUGCUGCACGAGAAGGAGGGAGAGUGUGUAGCUCAGUUUAAGUUCACAGUGCUGCUGAUGGCCAACGGGCCUCACAGAAUCACCAACGGACCCUUUGAUCCAGAGCUAUACAAGUCAGAGCAUGAAGUCCAGGAUGCAGAACUAAAGACUUUACUACAGAGCUCUGCAAGUCGUAAAACACAGAAGAAAAAGAAAAAGAAGGCCUCAAAGACAGCAGAAAAUGCCACUGGACAGCCAACUGAGGACACAGAAGCCGUAGAAUAAAUAAAUACUGCCUUUCCACACAUGCAAGACCCCAAAGAGAAGCAAGAGAAAAUGUGACAGAUUACCCCCAACUCUGCCCAUUAUACACAUACUAGAGUUGAUUUCACACAAAUUAAACUGAUGAUUUCAUAUAAACUUUGGGAUUAAAUGAAUAGAUCCAACAUGGAUGUUUAACCCUUUACUGCAUUAAUUGAAAGUGCCAUAGGCAGAGUCGUGCUUUUUCUUCCCUAACUUCAGAAGGAAAUGAAGAAUAUUUGCAAAUCGUUUUACGUCUUUGAAAAAAAACUUGUUGCCAAAUGGUCUGACUGGUGCCUGUUGCUUAGAAUUUAAGAACCUUUUAGUCCUUUCUAUGCGCAGCUGAAAAUUUGUAGACAGCUGAAAACUGAAGCUUUCAGUGGCCAUUAAUGCGGAUGGAUCAAUCUAUGUUUGACAUCCAGCUGCAGGUGAAGGAUUAUUGGAUGACAACACAAACCUGUAACAUAAUCAUAAACUCUCUUUUCUCAAAGGCAUCGUGUAUCUGAGGCCAUCGUGGAUUCUCUGCUUGCUGUAAUGGGAUGGUUCGACUAAAUUGUCCAGUUACCUAAACUUGUUUAUAUGUAAACAAAAAUGUAUAGUAAAAACAAAUAUCCUGAUAUUGUAUUGAAAGGUUAACAAGCACUUGCAUGCAGUAAAGGGUUAAAUUGUCCGGUAUAAUUUGCCUCACUCAUGAAAUGACCAACUAAAAAAUGUAACACAAUUGAUAGAUGGCAUCAGAGGUUUCUGCUUAUGCAGUCAUGAAGGUCUGAUCAUGUUUUGGAUAUAACGUUUUAACCACACUGGAUUUUUUUAAAAGCAAUAACCUGAGCAGAAGACUGGAAUAUUUUUAAGUAUACAAGCAAAAAACAGUUGUAAUCAGCUUGACUUUAGGGAACAAAACUGCCACAUUUACUGCCAUUCCCCUUGAAUUUUAUGGAAAGAUAGAAAUCUAUGCGUUCCAAUUUUGAAAAACUUUUCUAUUAGUGACACCUGUUACUUGCUUUACUACGUCAUUAGUCUUGUGAAGCAUGAAAACAAGCUGAUAAAGGUCUUCUGGGCUUCUUUAGUAGAGUUGAACCAGUAAGAUCAUUUCAGGUCUGAGUUUCACCUUGAGGUAUGGGACAGUGUUGAGAAAAGUAAAACUCUGCUUUGUAGCUCCGUCAGUGGGCAAUUGAACUUUACACCUAAAGAAAUAAAAGCAUUUU